AGUUCUAAGAACAGGUGGGAUUGACUAUGGAUAAUUCAUGUGAUUCCAAUCAACAAACUUCCUGUAAUGGCGUUCCAUCCAAGAAGAAAAACAGCUUCCUUGUGUCAGAAGAUCAUGGGCAGAAAAUCUUAAGUAUAUUACAGAAUUUUAGAGAACAGAAUGUCUUUUAUGAUUUCAAAAUAAUCAUGAAAGAUGAAAUAAUCCCAUGCCAUCGUUGUGUGCUUGCAGCAUGCAGUGACUUUUUCAGGGCUAUGUUUGAAGUAAACAUGAAAGAAAGAGAUGAUGGGAGUGUCACCAUUACUAAUUUGUCCUCUAAAGCAAUAAAAGCAUUUCUUGAUUAUGCCUAUACUGGGAAAGCAAAGAUAACAGAUGAUAAUGUAGAAAUGUUCUUUCAAUUGUCAUCAUUUCUUCAAGUUUCCUUCCUAGCUAAAGCUUGCAGUGACUUUUUAAUAAAGAGUAUUGAUCUUGUCAACUGCUUACAGUUAUUAUCAAUAUCAGAUAGCUAUGGCUCUACCCGCUUGUUUGAUCAUGCAUUAUACUUUGUACAACAUCACUUUUCAUUGUUAUUUAAAUCCACUGAUUUCUUAGAGAUGAAUUUUGGAGUACUACAAAAAUGUCUGGAAUCAGAUGAAUUAAAUGUACCUGAAGAAGAAACUGUUCUGAAAGUGGUCCUUAGUUGGACUAAACAUAGCUUAGAAUCAAGGAAGAAGCAUCUGCCUAACUUGAUGAAAACAGUGAGAUUACAUCAGUUAUCUGAGGAGACACUCCAAGACUGUCUGCUUAGUGAAGAGUGUUUACUCAAAAGCACAGACUGCUUUGAUGUAAUCAUGGAUGCAAUUAGGCGUGUGCAAGAUUCUGGUGGACUUUUCCCUGAUGCUCGGCCAUCUACAACUGAAAAAUAUAUAUUUGUUCACAAAACAGAGGAGAAUGGAGAAAAUCAGUAUACAUUUUGCUAUAAUAUUAAAUCUGAUUCAUGGAAAAUACUGCCACAAUCACACCUGAUUGAUUUGCCAGGAUCCAGCCUGUCUAGUUAUGGGGAGAAAAUCUUCCUGACAGGUGGUUGCAAAGGGAAGUGUUGUAGAACGGUUCGACUUCAUAUUGCUGAGUCAUAUCAUGAUGUCACUGAUCAAACCUGGUGCUACUGUCCAGUCAAAAAUGACUUCUUCUUGGUAUCCAAAAUGAAAACACCAAGGACCAUGCAUACAUCAGUUAUGGCUCUCAAUAGAUUAUUUGUCAUAGGAGGAAAAACUAGAGAAUCUCAGGACAUUAGAAGUCUCUUAGAUGUUGAAUCUUACGAUCCUCUUUCCAAAGAAUGGAUGUCUGUUAGCCCAUUGCCCCGAGGCAUAUACUACCCAGAAGCAAGCGCAUGCCAAAACGUAAUUUAUGUUCUUGGAUCAGAGGUAGAGAUUACUGAUGCCUUUAACCCUUCUCUUGAUUGCUUUUUUAAAUACAAUGCAGCCACUGACCAGUGGUCUGAAUUAGUAGCAGAGUUUGGGCAGUUUUUUCAUGCAACACUAAUUAAAGCAGUCCCAGUUAAUUACACACUAUAUAUAUGUGACCUUUCCACAUAUAAGGUGUAUAGCUUUUGUCCAGAUACUUGUGUUUGGAAGGGUGAAGGAUCAUUUGAAUGUGCUGGGUUUAAUGCAGGUGCCAUUGGAAUUGAAGAUAAAAUUUACAUAUUAGGUGGUGAUUAUGCACCAGAUGAAAUCACAGAUGAAGUGCAAGUCUACCACAGCAGCAGGUCUGAGUGGGAGGAAGUUUCACCAAUGCCAAGAGCCUUAACUGAAUUUUACUGUCAGGUGGUUCAGUUCAAUAAAUACAGGGACCCUUGGUUUUCUAAUCCUUUCUAAACGUAGUAUAUUCUUGGAGAUUCUAAAACUAUUACAGUUCUAAAAACACAGUAAAUUUGUUCACUGUAAUGAUGGGGUGGGGGGCUAUUUAUGUCUUUAAAAAUGUCCCUGCUAUUAGAGAACUGCUAUGGCCGUACAGCAUAUACAUAUUAACAGUUCCUAGAAAUGUAAGCUACAAAGUAUGUUUUACCAAAAAUCAUCAAUGAAU